AUGAAAGUCAAGGAAUACCUUGGUUAUAUCGGAAGCUUUGGUUACAACAUGCAUCCCAGGAAAAACAGGAAUUCCUAUGAAAACUAUUUGCAGCUGUUUGUCAAUGAGUCCGCGAUGGCCAACCGGAUCGUGCUCGGGACACUGUUGCCAGCAAAAAUAUGGGAGCCCUUACCACAUUUUGUUCAGACAUGUCUUCGGAACUACACCGCAGGAACCAUAGUUUAUUUCAUCACAAGCUUUCUUUGGAGCUUCUAUCUUUAUGUCUACAAAUACAAUGUAUUUGUUACCAAAGAUGCUAUCCCUUCAAGAAAAGCAAUGCUACUACAGAUUUAUGUUGUAAUGAAGGCUAUGCCUAUUUAUGUUGCUCUUCCCACGGUCUCGGAGUACAUGAUUGAAAACGGUUGGACAAGAUGUUUUUCACGAAUAAGUGACGUUGGCUGGCUCUCCUAUGCCGUAAACUUGAGUGUCUAUCUUGUAGUUGUUGAAUUCGGGAAUUACUGGAUACACCGAGAGUUACAUGACAUUAAACCUUUGUACAAAUACAUUCACGCAACUCAUCAUAUCUACAAUAAUCAGAACACACUUUCACCUUUUGGAGGAUUGGCAUUGCAUCCUUUGGAUGGGAUAUUGCAAGGGCUACCGCACGUGAUCUCAUUAUUCCUAGUCCCGAUGCAUUUCACAUCGCACAUAGCGUUGUUGUUUAUUGAAGCAAUAUGGGCUGCAAACGUUCAUGAUUGUGUAGAUGGCAAGGUUUGGCCAGUGAUGGGUGCAGCUUACCACACUAUCCAUCACACAACUUAUCACCAUAACUAUGGGCAUUAUACUGUCUGGAUGGAUUGGGCUUUUGGUACACUUCGUCAUCCAGCUGAAUACGAGACCAAACAAAUGUAAUUCAUGAUGGUAGCAAGACCUUGUUAAGGACUGUAUGGUGGUAUUUAUGUAAAUGAUGGGCUAUGGUUGAUUUGGGUUCAAUUCAACUUAUCUUCCUUGUGUUUGUGUGUAAUAAUCAUAGCUGCAAUAAACUAUUGUA